GGGCGCCCGGCCGGCCUUCCCAGCAGCCCCGGCGCUGGGCCCGUUAGGUCCGGGCGUUGUGGGCUGUCGCCGGCUGGUGGCUUCCUCGCUGCCUCAGAGCCUCUCCGGCAGAUUUGUUCGGCGCCGCGAGUGUGCCGCCCUGGCCGUCCGUAGGAAAGCUCUGGCUUCUGUGGAUUCUGUGCUUCUCCUGGCAAAUAAAUCUCAAGGAGGACUGAUCAGUCUUUGCAUUUUAAACCAUGGCCCAUAAAUCAGUGGUAUUCAAUGAUGUAUCCAUAGUCUUCUCUCAAGAAGAAUGGGAAUUCCUGGACUUGGAACAGAAGGACUUGUAUAGAGAUGUGAUGUUAGAGAACUACAGCAACUUGGUCUCACUGGCAGGACGCUUCAUUUCUAAACCAGAUGUGAUUUCCUUAUUGGAACAAGGAAAAGAGCCUUGGAAAGUUGUGAGGAAAGGAAGAAGGUGCUAUCCAGAGUUGGAGACCAGAUGUGAGACCAAAAAAUUAUCUUCAGAAAGUAACAUUUAUGAAAUAAGUUUAUCACAUUUUAAGAUAAUGGAAAGAAUUAAAAACCAUGGCCUUAAGAACCUGAUUUUAAAAAAUGACUGGGAGUCUAGAAGAAAAUGUGAAGGACAAGAGGGAUCUCAAGUGAAAAGCACAUCUGAAAAAGUGUCCUCUUACCGAAAACCUGCAUCCGUCACUCCACGUCAGAAAGUGCACUUUGUGGAGAAGCCCUAUGAAUGUACAGAAUGUGGGAAGGCUUUUAGAGUCCGCCAGCAGCUUACUUUUCAUCACAGAAUUCAUACUGGCGAAAAACCCUAUGAAUGUAAGGAAUGUGGGAUGGCCUUUAGACAGACUGCACACCUAACUCGCCAUCAGAGACUCCAUUCUGGUGAAAAACUCUAUGAAUGUAAGGAAUGUAGAGAGGCUUUCAUAUGUGGUCCAGACCUUAGGGUCCAUCAGAAAAUUCAUGUUGGCGAGAAGCCCUAUGGAUGCAAAGAAUGUGGGAAGGCCUUUAGAGUGCGAGGACAGCUUACUCUGCAUCAGAGGAUUCACACCGGUGAGAAGCCCUACGUAUGCAAGGAGUGUGGGAAGGCCUUCAGACAGUAUGCACAUCUUACUCGACAUCAGAAGCUUAACAUUGCCGACAGACUCUAUGAAUGUAAAGAGUGUGGCAAGGACUUUUUGUGUGGCUCUGGCCUUAGAGUGCAUCACAAACUUCACACUGGUGAGAAACCCUAUGACUGCAAAGAGUGCGGAAAGGCCUUUAGAGUGCGGCAGCAGCUCACGCUCCACCAGCGGAUUCACACUGGCGAGAAGCCCUAUGAAUGUAAGGAGUGUGGGAAGACCUUUAGUCGUGGCUAUCAUCUUAUUCUCCAUCACAGAAUUCACACUGGAGAGAAACCUUACGAGUGUAAAGAAUGCUGGAAGGCCUUUAGUCGUUACUCACAACUUAUUUCACAUCAGAGUAUUCAUAUUGGUGUUAAACCCUAUGACUGUAAAGAAUGUGGAAAGGCCUUUAGGCUACUCUCACAGCUUACUCAACAUCAGAGCAUUCAUAUUGGUGAGAAACCCUAUAAAUGUAAGGAGUGCGGGAAGGCCUUUAGGUUGCGCCAAAAACUUACUCUACAUCAGAGCAUUCAUACCGGGGAAAAACCCUUUGAGUGUAAGGAAUGUAGAAAGGCCUUUAGACUUAAUUCUUCCCUAAUUCAGCAUCUGAGAAUUCAUUCUGGUGAGAAACCUUAUGAAUGUAAGGAAUGUAAGAAGGCCUUUAGACAACAUUCGCACCUUACCCAUCAUUUGAAAAUUCAUAAUGUAAAAAUAUAAUUCUCUUCAGUCCUAUGUGAUAGAAUAUUUUGUGAAUGUAGUAAUCUGCUUUAUACAUGCAACUGAUGUGUCAUAAGAAAUUUUAUACUCACUCAAAGCUGAAACUUCAGCACAUUGGUCCUAGAAACAAAUCCUAUUAAUGUAAUAAAUACGGAAAAGACACUUUUCCACCAUCUACAUCCCAACAUUUUCUUACUGUGUUAUAUUGAACUUAACUGUUAUGUGCUAUAAUUUCUUCACUUCAAAAAUGGUGUUAUAAAACUGUGGCAAACAUGGCUGCAAAUAUUUUUAGACUGUUUAUAUUAAGAGAUGAAAUCCACAGCCUUACCCUUGAAUACGGGCACACUCUGCAAACUGCUUUGCCCAGCAAGUACUGCUGUGCUGGUUUCUGGACCCAGGCUUUACUGGUAAGGUUGCUUCAGCUCUUGAAAUCUUCUCUCAAGUUAAGUCUGGCUACUUUGCUGAAGAUACAACAUGGAGAAGCACUGAGACUGCGUUGAUGGGGGAGGCAUCCUGCUGAAUUCAUUCUUCCAGACACGCCACUAAGACACCAGGCAGUUGAGUGAAAUAGUUUUGGGUCCUCCAGAUCAGCCACCAGCUGAAUACUACUGAGUGACCUCAGGUGGACUCCAUAUAGGACAGUAGAACUGACCAAACUCCUGACCCACAAAAUGAUGAGACAAUAAAAACUGAUUAUUGUUUUAAGCCA